AUUUUGUCAGAGUUUUAACGACUUCCGCUGAGGUUCCUUUAGACAAAUCAUAUUGCUCUACGCCCAGAGUAGGCGUAACAAACUGGGCACGUGUAGCGGUUUAUUUCCGGUUGAGACCUCGUCCUCUGGGUGAAGCACAACCAUGGGUAAUGUGUUGGCUGCUAGUUCUCCCAGUCCACCUCCACCAGUGCAAGCUGGUCCUGGGUUGGUUUCUGUGCCUGCUGGUUUCAGCAUGCCGGCUGUGUCCCCAGUAUCUCCAGCUUCCUCUGGGAAACAGGAAAGCGAGCCACCUCUGCCCAACCCGGGUGCUUUUGAGGAGUUCCAUCGAAAAUGCAAAGAGGUGUUUCCCAUGCAGAUGGAAGGAGUUCGGCUCACCGUCAACAAGGGCCUCAGCAGCUUUUUCCAGGUCAAUCACACCGUAAUGCUGAGCACCCUGGGUGAUUCCACUUACAGAUUUGGUACUACGUAUGUAGGAACCAAGCAGACCGGGCCUGCAGAGGCAUUUCCAGUUCUUGUUGGUGACAUGGACAACAGUGGCAGCCUCAAUGCACAGAUUAUUCACCAAAUCAGCAACAGAGUGCGCUCCAAACUGGCCUUCCAGACGCAGCAGCAAAAGUUUGUCAACUGGCAAGGAGACGCUGAGUUUAAAGGAGAAGACUUCACAGCUACAGUAACUGUAGGGAACCCAGACAUGGUGGUAGGAUCAGGCAUUGUUGUAGCUCACUAUCUUCAGUCCAUCACUCCGUCCUUGGCACUGGGAGGAGAGCUGGUAUACCACCGCCGGCCUGGUGAAGAAGGAACAGUAAUGUCUUUGGCAGGGAGAUAUACAGGUUCUAAUUUUAUUGCCACACUGACCCUCGGAGGAGCUGGUGCACAUGCGUCAUAUUAUCACAAAGCCAACGAGCAGCUGCAGAUAGGUGUGGAGUUUGAAGCUAGCACUCGUAUGCAGGAAACAAAUGUAUUGUUUGGUUACCAGCUAGACCUCCCAAAGGCCAAUCUCCUCUUUAAAGGGUCUAUAGACAGUAACUGGGUAGUAGGAGCAACGUUGGAAAAAAAACUGCUGCCACUUCCGCUGUCUUUGGCACUUUGUUCUUUCCUCAACCAUCGUAAAAACAAGUUCCAGUGUGGGUUUGGCGUGACCAUCGGAUAAGCCGCCUGUACAGUGUUGAAGUGAAAAGGGGCUGAAACUCGUACACCGAUGUUCACCGAAGGAUCACAACAUGUGGACGCUUGUACAAAGUGCACCAUCAGUUUAUCUCUUUUUUUUGAAUUAUUAUAUAUAUGAAUGUGUCUAAGUCACUGUUUAUAUAUAAAAAGAAUCCAGGAAAAAACUGCAGUAGUAUAUAUUCAACCAUUUUUCCUGCAACGUCCAUUUCAUAAAUGAUCCUGCAAAGAAAAUGUAAUUUAACUGAUGCUGAAUGAACAGUCUGCAAUACAAAAUAAUCAUUUGUUCUUUUAGAUAUUUGGAGUGAUCGUAAUCUUGUUUGUUGAUUUUAAGUCUGUCUCUGUCUUUCUUUUUAUUGUAUUUUGUUUUAAAUUAAACAUUUAUUUCUUUUGUUAGGUCCUUUUAUUUUUACAAUUUCUCCUACUAAAGCUACAUAUAAAUACGGUUUCCUAUACA